AUGAUGUGUGGAUUAAUUGAUUUGAACACCGUGGACAAUGAAGGUGAAGCGGAGUUGUUAUUUAAUUCACCGGCAUCGUCGGCGAUUUCAGGGAACUCGGAAUUGACGAUGAAGUCAUCGGAGACCGCGGCUUCGGUAAGUAUGGAGCUAUGGCACGCUUGUGCUGGGCCUUUGAUUUCGCUUCCCAAAAAGGGGACCGCUGUGGUGUACUUUCCUCAAGGCCACUUGGAAUACCUCUCCGAGCACCCGGCUGCAGCUUAUGAUUUUCCUCCCCAUGUCUUCUGUCGCGUUGUCGAUGUUAAACUCCAUGCCGAGACAGCAAAUGAUGAAGUUUAUGCGCAAAUUUUUCUGGUUAUGGACAAUCAAAUUGAGAAAAAAUGGAGGGAUGGGGAAGUUGAACCAGAGACUGACGAUGAAGACACCAAAGGAGCUAGAACGUCUUUGAUACCACACAUGUUCUGUAAAACUCUCACUGCUUCUGAUACCAGCACUCAUGGUGGUUUCUCUGUUCCUCGUCGAGCUGCCGAGGAUUGCUUCCCUCCACUGGACUACAAACAACAGAGGCCUUCUCAGGAGCUUGUUGCUAAGGAUCUACAUGGGAUUGAGUGGAAAUUUCGGCAUAUCUACAGAGGCCAGCCUCGAAGGCAUUUGCUCACAACUGGUUGGAGUGCAUUCGUCAAUAAAAAGAAGCUCAUAUCCGGAGAUGCUGUGCUCUUUAUAAGGGGUGGGGAUGGAGAACUCAGGUUAGGGAUCCGAAGAGCAUCCCAAACUAAAAGUGGUGCUUCAAUUCCAGCUUUCCUUUCGCAACAGCUUUGUGCUAGCAGCAUUGCUAGUGUGCUGAAUGCCAUAUCUACACGAAGUAUUUUUAACAUCUGUUAUAAUCCCAGGGCUAGUUCAUCUGAGAUUAUUGUACCAUGUCAUAAAUUCACAAAGUGUGCACAAUAUUUUUCUGCUGGAAUGAGGUUCAAGAUGCGUGUUGAAACAGAAGAUGCUUCUGAGAGAAGUGGACUUAUUGUUGGGGUUAGUGAGGUCGAUCCUGUUAGAUGGCCUGGAUCAAAAUGGAGGUGCUUAUUGGUUAGGUACGAUGAUUUACAGUUCAAUCGCCUAGAUAGAGUUUCCCCUUGGGAGAUAGAGCCAUCUGGUUCAGUGUCUGCACCCAGUGGCUUCGUAGUACCGGGUGCCAAGAGAAUCAGGGUCGGGUUUCCGGCAACAAAACCAGAUUUUCCAAUUCUUAGAGAUGGGAAUGAAGUUUCAGACUUUGAGGAGCCUCUAAGGUUUCAGCAGGUCUUGCAAGGUCAAGAAAUUUUGGGUUUUCGUACCCCAUAUGCCGAAGUUGAUGCUCCAAGUCAUCAUCCAUCUGCCAUGAGGUGCUUUCCGGGUAACAAUGGUUACAGCAGUAGGCAUCUGCAGGCGGACCCCAAAAACUCCUUCAGGGGUGAAUCCUUUCAAUUCCACAAGGUCUUGCAAGGUCAAGAAGCAAUUCCAACUGUGCCAUAUGGAAGAAGUCCAACAGCUGACAAGGUGCACGAAAAUGGCGCCAGUAAUGUUAUGAAUGGUUUUCAGUUGCCAACUCAUGGAAAUAGUUGGUCCACCUUGACCCAAACUCGUAUGCACCCUUCUGCAGCACUUGUACAGGCAUCAUCCCCUUCCUCUGUGCUAUUAUAUCAGCAAGCAAGCUCUCCACCACCUAGAUUUCAGACAUUACAUUCUGGCAAUCAGAAGAAUCUUGAGACUAGAGAUCAGGACAAAUUUCAUAUUUCUGAACGAUUUGCGAGGAAAUUAACGUCCUGCUCAUCUUCUGAAAGUGGUGAUACAAGGGAAGAUCUGCAGGGUUGCAUAUCUACAGGUGGUUCAGAAGAGCACAACCAGAUGGGUUUUCUGCCGCCACCUCUUUCAACUCACCCAUCCUUCAAAGGCAACGAAAAUUUUUUAUCAAUGUGCAAAAGUAGUUGCAGGCUCUUUGGUUUUACGUUGAAGGAGGGAUAUGUCGCUACAAGAAUGGGGAGUCGUCCAACUGAAUCUGCUUGUUCGUAUAGUCAUGAAAAUACUUUCCUUGCCAGUAACGAAGAACAACUCUAUCCAAAACCUCAGUUGGCAACCAAAAUAAUGGGUAACAGUUGUACCAAAGGAAGUGACACACAUGCUGUAAGAGAUGUGCCUCUCGAUAUAGCAUUGUAA